AACAUAUUGUAUCAUAAUGAUAUAAUGUUUUAGAUGUUUUCAUUCACGUAUUCCAUGCAUUCAUUUUAAUCAGGCACAAAUUGGACAACCUCCCUUUUCCUCCAUGUGUUCGAGGACCCCUCAAGAUGUCCAUGCUUGCCGAACCUCGUCGUAAACAGAAGUGGUCUGUGGACCCCAGAAACAGCGCGUGGAGCAACGAUGAGUCCAAAUUCGGACAGAAAAUGCUGGAACGCAUGGGCUGGUCAAAGGGAAAGGGUCUUGGCAAGACUGAACAGGGGGCCACAGAACACAUCAAGGUUAAAGUCAAGAACAACAAUCUGGGCCUGGGCACUGCAAUGAACAACGAGGACAACUGGAUUGCCCACCAGGAUGACUUUAAUCAACUUCUUGCUGAGCUUAACAACUGUCAUGGACAGAACGGCAAUGACUACCCCACACAGGAACAGGGUUUUAGUUUGGAAGAGAAGUCAAAGACAUCCAAGAAAAGGGUUCAUUACAUGAAAUUCACUAAGGGAAAGGACCUGUCCAGUCGCAGCGAAACAGACCUAGCUUGUAUUUUUGGGAAGCGAUCGAAACGAGAGACAAGGGACCAAGAUGAGGGAAGCAGUGGAGCUGACUCUCAGGAAGAGAAAGAAGAGGACACAGAAACUAAUCCAAACCCAGAAACAAACUUAAACACAGUAACCAGCACGCUGACUAUGCAAGAGUAUUUCGCCCAGCGGAUGGCCCAGCUCAAGAAGGCUCAGGCAGGACGAGACCCAACCGGAUGUUCAUCUGAGGUCAGCAGCAAUGUCCCAUCUCCACUGGCUACAUCUGCCUCCAUGGAUGACUCCCCAAAUACUAGUGAUAUGGAACAGUCCAAAAAGAAGAAAAAGAAGAAAAAGGACAGGGAUAGUAAUAGAGAUGACAUACAGGAAGACGCACUGACCUCAGUAACAGGAGAGACCGUUGAAGAGCCAAAUCACUCACAGAAAAAGAAGAAAAAGAACAAGAGGAAACGAGAGGAGCGGGAUGAGGAGGGGACUGAAGUGUGCAGCGCCACUGAAGAAGACGCUCCCACCACAGGAAAGAGGAAGAAGGAGAAAAAAACAUCUUUAGAGGUUCAUGCAGAUGAAGUUGAAACAAUAGAAAUUGAGAAUAUGUACCCUAAAGUUUCAGAUAAAAAGAAAAAGAAGAAAAAGAGACAACAGGAGAAAGAGGAAGGAGCAGCUGAGGAAGGGGUGCCCAAAAAGAACAAGAAAAAAUGAUUUUUUUACAGUUGACUGCUCUCGAAACUCGACUUUUUGAUACCAUCAUGAUUUUAAUAUUGAGAUCACCAAAAUGAAUGACUAUGAAUUUACAUUAAGAAUUGGGUUGUAUCUCUAUAUUUAAACUUUGACAAAAUAUUAAAAACAUCUAAACCGUAUGUGCAGUU